AUGGUGGUGGGGUACGCGUGGGCGUUCUCCGCCGCGGUCGCGCAGAGCGGCUCGGACAUCCUCCGCAAGCUCGGGACGAAGAACAAGCGCUUCAGCAGCAACCUCGAGCUCGUGACCGCUUGGGAGUUCACAAACUGCGUCGUCCUCGCGUGCGCGAUGCUCCUGCGCGGCGCGACGCCCGCGGUCCGAAGAGGCUUCGAGGAUCUUCAACUCGUCGCCGUCGCCGGCCUCAGCGGGCUCGCGAAGAUUGGAUGCAGCGUCCUGUUUCAGCGCGCGUUGACGCUGUCGCCGGUGUCUCUCUCCGUGCCGUACCUCGCGUUCACGCCCGCGCUGCUGCUGUUCACGUCGUACUGGACGCUCGGGGAGAAACCGAACGCGUACGGCGUCGCGGGGGUGACCGUCCUCGCCGCGGGAGCGUACGCGUUGAACGCCGUCGCGGGCGGCGGCACAGGCGGCGCGUCAUGUAAGGCGAGCGCGCGGGGAAAAUCAUCAGACGUCGCAAAGUCGGGCGGGGGGGGCGACGAGAGAGAGAAGGACAAGGCGUCGCCGACCGCGGCGGCGGCGGCCGAGGCGGGGAAGGGUAUAAAUAAGGUGUCGUCCGGAGGCGGCUCCGUCGGCGUCGGCAAACUCACGCCGAACAAAGGGUCGUUCGGGUCACUCAAUCCGCGCGGCGGCAGUGGCCGCGGCAGCGAGCGCGGCCGCGCGAGCGAGGAGGGCCUCCUAUCGCGGACGUCGUCGGGGAGCGUCCCGCUCGGCGGCGGCGGCGGCGGCGGUUUGGUGGGCGGGAAGAAAGGAGCGGUCUCCAUCCUCCUCAGACCGUUGCUGUGCGUGAUGCCCGCGGAGCCCGGCAGUCGAUUGAUGCUCUUCGUCGCGUUCGUGUGGUCGCUCACCGCGGAUGCGGACAAGGUGGGAUACUCGUUCGCGUCGAGUUUUCUCGUGUUCAUGGUCGUGCAGCGCGCGGUGAUGACGACGCCGCUCGUGUGUCUGUGCCUGUACAAGUCCGGCGUUGGGAAGUGCGCGCGCGCGGUGACGAAUAACAUCGGGUUUCUACUCCUGAUCAGCGUUAUGGAGAUGUACGUCGUCGCCGCGUUCUUGAAGGCGCUCGAUCACCUCUUCGUGUCGUACGCCAUCGCCGCCAAGCGAAGCGGGAUCUUACUGAGCGUGCUCGGCGGGGCGAUCUUCUACCAGGAGAAGAUCAGGGACCGGCUGCCGUACAUCUUGGUCAUGCUCGCGGGUAUGGCGAUCAUACUCUGCGGGACGGAGGAGCACUAGUCAUGUCGUUAGUAAUGCUGGGGGCGCGGGAAACGCGCACCCAACGGCGGGCGUCUGAAUCGAUUCUUUCACAUCUCACAUUUCAA